AUGGCGGCCUCAGCAGACAUUAAAUUCAAGGAAUCCUUGUUAACAGCUUUACGUUGUCUAAAUCUGGGGACAUUAACACUUCGAAAAGAGCAGGAAAACGCGGUAAAAAACGUUGUUGUGAGAAAGAAAGACGUUUUAGUUGUUUUGCCUACAGGUUUUGGAAAAUCUUUGAUUUUUCAGAUGUUACCAUUUGUGUUUGACUCUUGGCUUUAUACGAAUGGUUCUUUCAUUUUGGUUGUUUCACCAUUAAACGCACUCAUGAGAGAUCAGAUAAUAAAGCUUGACAAUUUGAAUGUUAAAACGUUGAUAAUUCGUUGUGGUGACUCUGUAUCGGAUGCAGAUAUUCAAGGAAUCGCGCAAGCAAAAUUUAGAAUUAUCUACGGCCACCCCGAGGCAUUCCUAGGAAACUUAAGAAAAGUGUUGGACAGCGAUCAGGUCAGGGAGAAGAUGAGAGCUGUUGUAGUAGAUGAAGCCCAUCUUAUAGAAGAAUGGCAAGUAAAUUUCUCUUUUACUUUAUUUUCAUGAGUAUUCAUAGCAGGCUUUAUCUUAACUCAUAAAGUAGGCUCCCAAUCUUUAUCGUAUUAGACUGGAAUCAUUAAUAAAAUAAGCAGAAUUUUAACUCUGCAUCAAGAUGUAUACUUCUUGUUGAUAACGGUGGAAUAUCAACAGUUUUAAAUGCAGGUCACCCAUGUUAUCUACUGAUUAUUUAUCUGACACUGUAUUUACAUUAAUAUGGAUUGUAGCCUGUUCCUUCAGUCCGUUAAUUCUUUUUUGUUUUCAAAAAUAGUUGAUAUGGCAGUCGAGAAUUGUGAAAAAUCUCUACUUGACAGGCUGUCAGUAGCGCAUUUGAAGGCGUUAUUCAAACUAUCAGACUGAGUGCACUCCCUAUUGGUUAAAUUGUAUUUUUCAACGUCUCUGUUGGAAUUAUAUUCUGACUUUUUGGGAUAAAUAAUAUUUCUAACUUGUUAAAUUAAACAACGAUACUGUACAUUUUGACAAUUUAUUUAUUUCUAAACAACAUCUUCAGGAAGAAUUUCAGACCUGCUUAUGCUCAACUAAGUAUGCUGAGUGCCUUGUUCCCAAAAGUGCCAAUAGUUGCCCUAACUGCAACCGCAACUGAGCGGACAAGACGUGCCAUUUCAAGUUCCUUAGGUAUGACAGAUCCAGUGACAAUCGCAGUUAACCCAAACAGAAGUAACAUUUUCUACACAGCAUCAAGACGACAACAUUCAGGUGAUGAUAAAAUUGAGGUUCUGUUGUUGCCUUACAUCGCCAAACUUAAGGAUAUGAGAGAGCAAAUGCCCCUAACUGUCUUUUAUUCAAACUUGCAAAUUUGUGGGGAAUGUUUCAGCAUUUUUGAUCACCAUUUUGGUGUAGAGCAAUACACUCCCAAGGGCUCCUUGAAAUUAGCCAAAAACAGACUUUUUGCCCAGUUUCAUGCCACAUACCCUGAAAAGGAAAAGAAUGACAUCCUUGAUGACUUGAUCAAAGGCCCAGGGAAAAUCAGAGUUCUCUUUGUGACUGUGGCAUUUGGUAUUGGUGUUGAUUGCCCUCAUAUCCGAGAAGUCGUGCACAUUGGUGUUCCCAGCACCAUGGAGGAAUUUUUCCAGGAGAGUGGAAGAGUGGGUCGAGAUGGAAAGCCAGCCGUAUCUAGAGUUUUUUUCAACUCUUAUGACAUCAGUAAAGCCAAGGAACAUUUGCAGCACGUAAUGAGAAAUUUUGUUACCACAAGUGACUGUAGGCGAAAAAUUAUUCUAGAAUACUUUGGGUUUAGUCUCCCUGUCAGUGAAGGAGAAUGUACAUUGCACCUGUACUGUGAUAACUGUGCUGCAACCUGUUGCUGUGGUGAUUGUCAAAUCAAGGCAAGGUUGGAUACUACCAUGAAUCAACUUGCAAUUUCAUGA